CUCCGUGUUGCCAGAGUCUGGUAUUCCGCCAAGUUGAGUUACACGUCAGUAGGGAACCUCUACUGGUGACUGGACGUGUGCAGUGCGCGUCAGCCGGUUCCCGGAUGCACCGAACAGAAACAUGGAACGGGUAGUGGUGGAAGUGCCGAUCAACAACGGUUUUUCCCUCACUAGCACCUCUACAACUCCACGCAAGCGCCAGGUGCGUUUUUCAGCGCGGCAUGACAUCAUACUUCUGCGAGAGGUUAUCACCCAGAACCCCUUUGCCUCAAAAGAGCCAGGACGGAUCUGGGCCCGUGUUGGGGAGAUCAUCACUGCAGCUCUAGAAGAUGAAAACUUUGAGGUGGAUGCCAGGAGGUGCAGGGAGAGGACCAUGCUGCUGCUGGACUACUACAAGAAGCAAGACUUCCCCAGUCUGCGCAGAUUUGGAACAGAGAGGUUGUACGCUCAAAAAGAAGACCUGCUCCAUGAGGUUUUGGAGCUGGAGGCUGAGAAGGGUUUUUUUGCCGGCGGGGAAAACACAAAGUACCAAGAAGAUGAAUUAAGAAAGCGAGCCCUCGAAGAACUAACUCUACCUGAGCAGGACAAACCCAACAUCACCAUCACACAAACACACACUUCAGAAGCAGAAGAUGACCGUGAGGAAAUGGCAGAGCUUUCAGCCGCGCCCACAGCCAAGCAGCCCUGCCAGUGCUGCUGCCAGACCUACUCUGAGAUUCUCAGUUUUUUGGAGAAACGCUCAGAGGCUGAGCAGCGGUUACGAGAGGAGGAGCUUUCCCUGCGCCGGGAGGAGCUGGAGAUUCAGAGGAGUAAAAUCAGUCUGGAGAGGGAACGUCUGGGAGCUGAGAGAAAAGAGAGAGAACGGAGAUUUGAGCUAGAGAGCCAGGAGCGGCAGGUCAUCUUGGACCUGUUAAAAGAGAAGGUGUUGAAAUGAUCCAAAAACCUGCAUUUUAAGGGCAUCUUUUAAAAUAAGUCAAAGCAAUAUGGGGGAAAAAAGAUGGUUGCUUAAAAGAGGAAGAACAACUUGGAAAAGGGAAGUGAAAAGAUCAUUUUAGGUUGUUAAAUGCAGGUCAUUGUAAAAUAGCCUAAUAACAUGGAGGGCAGUUAUACAGGAUUUGCAGAUGACACAAUUGCAAAACAAAUGUUGUGAGUAGGUACAUACUGUAAGUGUGUUUGGUACACAAAGUACCAAUCUGCAGACAGUGUUUAAAAAUACAAUAUUUGCCAGCCUUACUGAGCUGACCCAUAUUAAUCCUGAGAAACUCCCUUUGUUUUCUUCCUCAUGGCAUAAUCUGUAUAAGGAAAUAGAGGUGCUGCAGUUGUGUGUCACCUCAGGAAUGGAAUGCAGAAAUGUGUGUCGAUCCGAAUGAGCGAAGCCCAAUCUGGCAGACAGGCAGGAUCCCCAGGUUGUUGUUAUGUUGUGUUGUUCACACUGUGAGGGACAGCUUUUUUUGUGGUGCUAGGUUGAAAGAAAUAGAGGAACAAUUAAGCAAGUUGUUUAUUCCAGCAGCUCGCAAUGAAGUUAGUAUGAUGCUCUAUCUUUUGAAACCCUUUAUAAUUAACAUUAAUAUGCUUCAUUUAGCCACUUCUUUCUUACACAUUUCAAAAACAUUUUGGUUAAAUUAAAGUAAAACUAAAGUAAAUUUCUCUGACUGGGAAUCUACUGUACAUGUAGGCACUUUUAUACUGCUUCAAUUGAAGCCACUAAGUGGGCUAAGUUAGCUUUUAGACAAAUGUAUGUCUUGAGUUAAAUGUGUUACACCCAGGUAUAGUUAACUUAUCUUUGGACACAUUUGAAAUAUUAUAUUAAGCAGUUUUUAUCACAUGGUCUGCUAGUGUGACUUUCUGUCUAUUGUUCAUAUAAAUGUUAUUUUUCUUCAAGUCCUCAUAGCAUAGCAGAUGUUGUAUAAAAUGAAGGGAUGUGAUGAAAAAGUAGAUAAUUUCUAUUCUGCAAAUAAAUUAAAAACAAAGCUC